CUCUUGCUGAGGCAGGUGGUUUCUUUCUGCUAUUCUUCUCUCGCUGCCUCAAGCAAUGCUGGGCUCUUUUCACAGCAGCCUUUAGCCAUUGUGGUUUGGCCACCAGGGGGCCCACGGUUCAAUAAAGGAUGAUUGGAGCGAAUUACUGGGGGAAACGGUUUUUAUUCUGGCCCAAGAUCUGAGGGAAUGCAGAACGCCAGUGAGGCUGGUUGAGGCAGACUGAAGAGUUUCUCCGUCUUGGCUCAAUCCGGGCUGAAACAUCAGGGUCGCCUCCCCCCUGCUCCCUGCCCUCUUAAUACCCUGAGUCAAAGCGUGGGAAUUUUCUCCCUCAUUUUCUCCUAGUUUGCUGUGCCACCUGUGCUGGCUCUUUUUGUAAGUCUCCUUCUGUGUGCAUCGUCCUCCCCAUCUGUGCAGAAGGAAGGAUGCCUUUGCCUUGGACAAUUAUGCUUUUGCUUCCUUUCCUGCAGCCUCUGGAGACCAUGGUGAAGGAAGGUGCUGCCCUGCUUCUUCAGGAGCCUUCUAUAUCCUCCAGGAGGGAGCAGAGGGCUGGAGAGAGUCAUUUAACAAGGCACUUUGUCUCCAAAGAGGCACUGCUGGAGAUGCCUGGAAGACCCGGGAGGCUGAGAUGGCCAGGAUCCCUUGGCAAUCAGAGGGGGCGGCAGCUGUCGGAAGAGCAACUGAGGUGGAGAAGGACUCGCCGGGGAACCGAGGAUGAAGAGUCCAAGCCAGUUCAGCAGUACAUUCCAGGAGUAAAAGUGGAGUUUCCUCGGCCCAUGAUCCCUGGCAGCUUACGGCCCACCAAGGCCCUGGUGCCGUCCAGCACGUAUCCCUCUGAGCAGCGCCAGCGGAGUCCGGCGGUCCACGGGGCCACAGAGCCCCAGGACAAUAUGACUGUGGCAUCAGGGAAGCGCCCUCAGAUCCAAAACCCUCUGUACCCAGUGACCGAGAGCUCUUACAGUGCCUAUGCUGUCAUGUUCCUGUCCCUCAUUGUCUUUGCCGUGGGCAUCAUUGGGAACCUCUCUGUGAUGUGCAUCGUCUGGAACAACUACUACAUGAAAAGUGCCUGGAACUCCAUCUUGGCCAGCCUUGCCUUCUGGGACUUCCUCAUCCUCUUCUUCUGCCUGCCAGUGGUUAUCUUCAAUGAGAUCACCAAGAAGAGGCUGCUGGGGAGCAUCUCCUGCCGCGUGGUGCCUUUCAUGGAGGUGUCCUCAUUGGGCGUAACCACCUUCAGCCUCUGCGCUCUGGGCAUUGACAGAUUCCAUGCAGCCACCAGUCCGCAAGCCAAGCUGCGACCCAUUGAGCACUGCCAUUCCAUCAUUGCCAAGCUGGCUGUCAUCUGGGUGGGUUCCAUGACUCUUUCCGUCCCAGAGAUCCUCCUCUGGCAGCUGGCGCAAGACACCUCACCAGUCUCCGGCGUCGUGACUGACUACUGCACCAUGAAGCCUUCCCAGGACCUGCCAGAAUCUAUUUACUCUCUGGUCCUCACUUACCAGAACGCCAGGAUGUGGUGGUACUUCGGAUGCUACUUCUGCCUGCCCAUCCUCUUCACCGUCAGCUGCCAGCUGGUCACUAGAAGGGUCAGCAGCCCAGAGAAGACCAACUGCCGUGGCAGUAAGCACGGGCAGUGCGAGAGCCAACUCAACUGCACCGUGAUUGGCCUGACAGUGAUCUAUGGUCUCUGCACAAUUCCAGAGAACGUCAGCAAUAUCGUUGUGGCGUACCUAUCUCCUGACAUGGCCAAGCAGACCCUGGACCUGCUAAGUCUCGUCAACCAGUUCUUCUUGUUCUUCAAGUGCUCGGUGACUCCUGUGCUGCUGCUGUGCCUCUGCAAACCGCUGGGCCAGGCCUUCAUGGACUGCUGCUGCUGCUGCUGCGACGAGUGUGGUCAGGAAGCUGCCUCCAGUGAUGGCGGCUCCGACGGCAAGCUGAAAACCGAGAUGUCCUCUUCUAUCUUCUUUGACAAGCCCCGGGAAUCACCUACCCCUGUGGGGGCGGUUGGCACUCCAUGCUAAGCUCAAUCAGCUAAGUGGGGAGCAUUAGCGGGGAGCAUUUUUCCACCAGCUUCUUCCCAAGACCAAAAGUUGUUUUUCUCUUUAGUUAUCAGUUGGUGAAGUGGCUGGACGGUGGAAAUGGAGCAGGGCUUGUUCCAACACCAGCUCCGACCAGAGUGACUUAGUUAUGAGGCCUCAACUGGCAGCUCUCUCUCCUCUGCUGAACUAUUACCUAGGGUGUGAGCGCCCCCCAAACCGCAGGCACGAGCAGAGAAGGCUGCUGCCAUGAAGGAGGGGGGGGGUGCUGAGGAAAGCUCCGCCUGCAGCCCCUCAAGGACUGAAGAGACCCCAAGUGUCUUAGAGAGGACAUAGUACAAAUUAACCCAUCUUGCAGUCGUGCAGGAUCUCACUGUCCCCUUCUCUGCUCCAGGCCCAGAGACAGCCUCCUAUACAAGACAAGCACUACCCUAGCCUCAAUAAAUCAAUACUCUAGAUAGUGAAACAUG